AAACAAUUUGGGUUGUCCGAUUAACGUCUUUUUCACUGUCAAAGUACGCAAACAGACUCACAGAGGCGAGGCUAAGUGACGGUGUUUAAAGGUCUCGUUGAUCAGAUGGUGCUUCUGGCAGGCAGGUUAUUGUGUAGCUGUUCAGUGGCUUAUCUCCAUACUGCCGUUAACGGGCUAGGGCCAUGUCGUCCCUAUAUGUCCCUCCACCGAAAUGUCUCGAGAAGAGGUUUGUGGCUCCGCAGCGACACAUGUUUGGACCCGGACCGUCCAAUGUCCCCCCUCGGAUCUUAGCUGCUGGGGCCGAGCCCGUCAUUGGUCACAUGCAUCCAGAAAUGUUUGAGAUAAUGAGUGACAUUAGGAGUGGGAUUCAGUAUGCCUUCCAGACGCGGAACAAAGUGACGCUCGCAGUUAGCGGCACUGGGCACGCGGCGAUGGAGUGUGCCAUCUUCAACGCUGUGGAGCCAGGGGAGGACGUCCUCAUGGCAGUCAAUGGGAUCUGGGGAGAGCGGGCAGCGGAGAUAGCUGAGAGGAUAGGGGCCAGAGUAAAUACCAUUCGUACACCUGCGGGGAGUUGUUUUACCAACGAAGACAUUAAUCAGGCCCUGGCCAGACACAAACCUUGUGUUGUUCUUUUCACACACGGGGAAUCGUCCACAGGAGUUCUUCAUCCACUGGAUGGGAUUGGAGACAUAUGUCACAGGCACAACUGUCUGUUUGUUGUUGACUGUGUGGCUUCGAUGGGAGGGGCGCCUCUUUACAUGGAUACACAAGGUAUUGACAUUCUGUACACUGGCUCUCAGAAAGUCCUGAACGCUCCCCCAGGGACAGCACCCAUCUCCUUCAGUGAAAGAGCAUGUGAGAAAGUUUUCAACCGGAAAACAAAGCCGGUGUCAUUCUUCCUGGAUAUGAGCUGGCUGGCAAACUACUGGGGGUGUGAUGGCAAACUUGCUAGGAUAUAUCAUCAUACCGGGCCUGUGACUAACUUCUACUCCCUCAGGGAGAGUCUGGCAGUACUCGCUGAACAGGGUCUGGAGAACUCGUGGUGCCGACACCAGGAGGUGGCGGAGUAUUUCCACGAAGGCCUGGAGAACAUGGGCCUCAGACUGUUUGUGAAAGACAAGAAUGUCAGGUUGCCUACAGUCACCACUAUAGUAGCACCUCCGGGAUAUGACUGGAAAGAGAUCACAUCUUACAUAAUGAAAAACCACAAGCUAGAGAUCUCUGGAGGCCUGGGACCCUCCGUUGGUCAGGUGCUGCGUGUGGGUCUGAUGGGAUGCAACAGCAGCAAGGCCAGUGUUGACAUGGUGCUUGAAGCCCUGAAAGAUGCCCUCAAACACUGCCAUAAGAGCAGAGUGUGACCAAUGUACAGUACAAAAAUGGUUUGUUUGAGCGAGACGGUCAACCUUCGGGUCUACCAAGUGUUCGCAGUCAACUUACCUUGUAAAGGAAGGGUCAUAAAAAUAAAACAUGUUUGUUAUCAUUGA